AUGUUGAUAUCUAUUGAAGAUUUAAAAGAAAGAUAUUAUACAAUAUGUAGUACACUUGAAUAUAUUCGAACAAAACGUCAUACAGAUAAAUAUAAUUUUGAUGCUGCACAUGAACGUCGACGUAAAGAACAAUUAAAUAAAUUAUUAAGUCGUACAAAAGCAGAAGAAGAAGAAGAAUUAUAUUUAAUGAAUGAAUUAAAACGUAUUGAAAAUGAACGUAAAGAACGUGAACGUAUUAUAUGA